AUGGAAAAUCAAAAAAUAAAUGAAACAGCGACGAGUGAUUUGCAAAUCGCAAAUUUGAAUCGGAAAAAAUCGUUGAGUUCAAAUUUUUUCGUAAAUAAUUGCCAUCGUCGGUCACAGAACUACAAUGAUUUUGAAGGAGACGACGAAGAAAAAGCGAGUAUUGCAACAAAAUUGACCAAUCGUUUCGGCUCAUUCAAACGAACUUUAAGUCUUCAAUUUAUGAGUUCUCCAAAAUUGAAUAAAGAAACAUUGGCGAUGAUUCGAGUUCGAUAUAAAGAUAUUGCUCGUUAUGUAAUAUGGCCAACUUGUCGUAUUUCGAAGCAGAAUUCGGCGGAAUAUUUGUUUUUUAAUCCAGAUCAUUCCAAGCGUACUGCAAUACGUUACAAUUAUGCUGGGAAUCAUCAGGCAACAGUAUUACGACUGAAUAAUUCUAACAAAGAAAUGAAAAAAUAA